GCCUGCGCGCGUACUCAUGGAACUCGGGUUACAGCUGUGAGAAGCGUUGCGUAUUUACUUUCGAUUUGGACCCGAAUAGUUUAUGAUUAAAAGUUACGGUUAUUCGUGUCAACUGCUAACGUCUUUAAAUGUCGCGUUGUAUUCCUUUGUGUUCAGCAGCUGUCAGCUGGCCGGUUUAUUCGGGACAUUUACCUUCAAACAGAUAAUAACAGUUAACGUGACGUUAGCUUUUCAUCGUCGCCAACUUCAUGGUCAAAAUGGUGGGACUCCAGAGGACGACUGAGGAGCUUCUGUUCUGGUGUUUCUGUCACCUCGUUCUGUCUGGAAUUGCUAUUGAACUGAAAUACGUGCGAGUCGUCGUACCUGAAGGCGAUGAGGCUGUUCUACCCUGUUCCCUCAGCACCAAGGAGGACCUGACACUAAAGCUCUUUGACUGGAAGAAAGAUGGUCAGAAGGAGGUGUUCCUGUAUGAUGCAGGCUCUCAUUACAAUAACGGCCGUCAAGGUCAAGACGAGCAGUUCAAAGGUCGUGUCUUCCAUUUUGAAGACAAACUGAAGAACGGUGAUGCCUCCAUAACCAUCAGACAGACGACGGUGGCUGACAGUGGAAACUACACCUGUGUUUUUCCACGUCAUGAGGGUCAAACGUUCCUCAUUGAGCUUGUUGUUGCUGCUGCAAAGCCGUCUGUUAAAAUUCUUCAUCAGUCAGAGACCUGGGCCCUGCUGCAGUGUAAAGUCCUCAGUGCUCGUCCAGAGCCAACAGUAAAGUGGCAGGACAGCGCAGGAAACAAACUUCCUGAUAAAGAACGAGAUGUCACAAAGUGUGGAGACCAUUUCAGUGUGGUCCUCCUCACCACUGUGACCAAGACAGACAACUUCAGCUGUGUGGUCACACAGGAGGACAUCAGCCAUCAGACUGAGGCUGAGAUUGAUGUUCGUCUCUCAGUGCGAGUCGUCGUACAUGAAGGCGAUGAGGCUCUUCUACCCUGUUCCCUCAGCACCAAGGAGGACCUGACAGGACAGCGCUUUGACUGGAGGAAAGAUGGUCAGAAGGAGGUGUUCCUGUAUGAAGCAGGCACUCAUGACAAUAACAGCUAUCAUGGUCAAGACGAGCAGUUCAAAGGUCGCGUCUUCCAUUUUGAAGACGAACUGAAGAACGGCGACGCCUCCAUAAAGAUCAUAAAUGCGAAGGUGGCUGACACAGGAGCGUACACCUGUGACUUUCCCUUUCUUCAGCCACCUCAGAUGUUUGACAUUGAGCUUGUUGUUGGUGCUGCUUAUGAGCCGUAUGUCAGAAUACUUCAUCACACGAAGGACUGGUCUCUGCUGCUGUGUGAGGUUCUCAAUGCUCAUCCAGAGCCAACAGUAAAGUGGCAGAACAGUGCUGGAAACGUCCUUCCUGACAAAGAACGAGAGGUCACAAAGAGUGGAGACCAUUUCAACGUGAUCCUCCUCGCAACUGUGACCAAGACCGACAACUAUCGCUGUGUGGUCACACAGGAGGAAAUCAGCCGUCAGACUAAGGCCGAGACUUAUGUUUAUAUCAGUGGUGCAGCUCCAAAGCCAGGGGUCUCCAUUAGAUGGACUGUUGCUGCUGUUACUGUUGCUGUUUUCUGCACGCUUUUGGUUGGUAUUUUUGCUCACAUUCUGCUUUUUUGGAGGAGUCGCACCAAACUCAUGUCCAAGAGAGGUUCACAUCCAAUAUCAAAGAAAGAAGAAGUCCACCUUAAAGCUGUUUAUGAAGAAACAACUCCUGUCUAUUAGUGCGUCUGUUCUGAACGACAAAAAGACACUUUGACGUUUGAACUUCACUUCACAUGUGAACCUGAGUUUCCAACGUGUUUCAGCUUUUAAAAAGCACCCAAACUGAGAAGUUUGACUGAAGACUCUGAACACACACUCUUUUUGUGCUUUUUUAAUGAAGGUUUUCAUUGUGUUGUAUUUGCAUUUCAGUAGGCUGCUCUAUAGGUAAGUUCAGAUCAGAUCAGAUCAGAAUUCCUUUAUUUAUCGCUGAAGGGAAAUUCUUCUUUCCUACAGACAUUGCAAUUUUCCAGACCAAGAACAUUAAAAGACAAGCAGCUAAUCAGUGCUGAUACUGUAAAUAACGGAAUGAUGUUACCAUAGCACUGCUAUUAGUUCCUCAGAAAGUUACUGAACUCCAAUGUGAUUCAUUUGAAUUGGAUUGAAUUAAUUAAUUUGGUUUAUUUUGGGGUUUUCAUUUUGUCUUGUCCAUCCUGGCAGAAGAUGUGGGUGUUGCCCUUUGGGCGGACUAGUUUCCUUAUCUCAUCAUAUGUUUGUUUUUUUAUUUGUUUAGUUUUUAUUCUGCCUGCUUCCCCCACUACAAUUAAAUUAGCUCAGGUUGAAUCCCAGUUAGGCCUUAAGGGCAGGUGGUGCAGUUUUUAAUUGUUUGCAGUGAGAAUAAUCGUGUAAACUGUAAACGUGUUUAUUCUCUUAGUGUGCAAGGUUUAUUGAAUUUCUGAUGUGUGUGCCUGGAGCCAGUGAAAUUUAAGUUGUGCCUUGUUAGGAGCAGCUUGGAAAUCACUGGAGAGGAAGUUAUGGCGGAUAAAAAUUAGACAGUCCAACGUGAUGGAACUGUUAUUUACUGAGCCCCAUGGGAUUUCAGGCAGCCGACUGGUACCAGUGGAAAUUAGUUAACUGGUGUUUAACGCUGACAUGUUUAUGUUUCUGCUCUCAGCUUUGAGACUAUAAAAUAAUGCUGUUAAAUUCCAUCCUAGAAGCCAUUCAUCUUAUCAGAACGCUGUUAUAUGCAUUCAAUAUUUGUUGAGCUGCCAUGCCGGUAAACUACGGUAAGCUUUUACCAGUUCAAAAUGGAUUGCUGGUAUGAUUAAAAAUUAGGAAUGUUUUGAAUGUUUCUGUGUUAAUUAAAAAAAAUACACUAAA